AUGCUGAAAUACCUCUACAACCUCGCCGCGCCAGCGGCCCCGGCCGACACGUCCAACACCGUUCUGCCAUACGACGAGUAUGCUGGCGCCGCGGGUCCCCCCUCUAGUACCUACCCCUCGCUCAAUGGGUCGCCCCUGCAUGCCUCCACGCUGGUCUUUAGCGUCAGCGCCCUGAGCAAGUCCCUCCAGCAGAAGCCCUGCUCCCAGGCGUCCGCCGCCCUGCCAGUGGCCCCGAACAAUGCCCUCACCUCGGCCAGCCUAUGCGGGUCGUGCUCCACCUCACGGUCAGUCUCCCGCUCCGGGUCCCAUUCGUCCUUCCGGUCAGACGAAUUCGUCAGCGACCGGCGGUGGCUCUUCCGUGAUGUCAGCUUCACCAUUGACAAUCACUCGCCAA